AUGAACCACAACUCGGCUUCGACGACGCCUAGGAACGCGGGCGUUCCGUCCAACGAAUCCUCGUCGACCAGCUCGCCCUAUCCCGAUUACAUGAACGCGACAUCGACGAGUCGACCACCCACCUCCUCCACCAAUACCGCCUCUACCUCCACCACCGCCUUGAGGACAAGUUCCUCGGAAUCGACGCCAAAUCUCAGUCUCCUUGGAGUCGCUGAUCCCAACGAUCAUCUCCAACAACUCAAGCAGAUGACUCAAGGCGUGGGGCUGAUGAAAGUGGAUGCAGGCAAGUCGGGCUUGCAUAUUAAUGGCAGGGAUGCCUUUUGAACGUCUUCCGAAGCAGUUAAAGCGCCUUUUAUGGACCCUAACUGUUCUCCUAUGAUUUAUAUAUAUGAUCCCACUGUCACCGCCCAUUCUAACGCCAUUAUGCCGGUUUACUAGCUCAUAACUCAUUUAGACCAUCAACUAACCUUUAGAGGCUUUAAAUGACUCCGGAGGCGCAUCUUCUUUUUCCCUUACCUUACCCGAAUGAGGUUAUGGAUAUGGCGAUUCUGAAGGGAAUUUAGCGUCGUUAGGGGCGGUUAAUGGUAUUUAGGGAAUUUGUCAAACGUUUUAAUUAGAUUUUGAUGAUUUUAUUUGAUAAUUUGAGGGUUAUCAAAAUUAAUAGCCAAGAUUUGAACGCAAAUACAGAAGUGCCGAAAAGAAUGAAAUAGUUCAGAAGCCACCUGACAGCAGCAACUUCAGCCCCUGGUUAAUGUUUUUGUGCUUUGAAAUCUUGGGUUGAUAAGAGCUGAUUUAUAGAUAAUGAGGCGGCGGCUUGUGUCUUUCAUCUAGUCCCCUCCCAAUUGAUUCCUGUGUGGUUGCAGAUGCCAAUGUCUCAUCCAGUAAUCCGAUGGUCGCCUCCAAUUUUUCACCUGAACUUUACACAACGUAUGGGACCUGGCAGUACUACCAGCAGUUCGCACCCAUGGGACAAGCCGGCUUCUCUGCCUGGCCUCCACACGCCUACACCGGAACCCCUUGGCAAAACUACGGUAAGUUGGGCGUCGAAUGGCGGGGCCGGCUCUCCACUCUCCCAUUCUCCUUCUUCGGACAUUUAUUCGAAGCCUCUUGACGAGUUCGGAAUGGGCAAAACCUGCGGGAUGUCUUCCAAAAAGGCUUCAAGGGCCUUCUGAAGCCGAUUAGAAACGCCUUUUAGUUAGACAUUGAGAAUCCUGUCUUUAUGCAAACUAAGAGGGGUUCCAGAUGCCUGAGAUUACUGUCAAUCCAUCGAAAACAAAUUCAGUUUCAGCACAGAGCAAGAAAGGACGACAGACGUAUCAAAGGUACCAGACGACGAUACUAGAAGGAAAAUUCCAACAGAAUUCUUACGUCAGCAAGAAGCAGCGAGAGGAACUCCGGAAUCAGACUGGACUCUCGGAUCGACAAAUCAAGAUCUGGUUCCAGAAUCGGCGGAUGAAAGCGAAGAAAGAGAAGCACCGCUGUGACGAGCAGACUGUCGACCAUCAGAGCAUCGCCCUGCCUAGCAGCACUUCCAAACCGCUGAACUCGGCGCUACAACGGGUGGGCAACGGAUUACACAAUGGAAUGGGAGGUAACCUCGGUUUAGCUGGACAUCAGCUCGAUCUCGGAAUUAUAGACCAGGAUGACAAAAAGAGUCUCUCCAAUUCGAUGUCGCCUGUGGGAGCACCCAUGUGGCCAAUGUCGACGAUGGGAAUGCAUGCAGCCAUGACGGGGAUGCAGCCGUUGCACGGCGACAACAUGGCCUGGACACAAAACAACCUGAUGUUGCCUCAGGGUAACUUCAUAGCCCCACAUCAACCGGGCGGUCUCACUCCUAUCAACACAUACAACUGCCAAGGCUUUAACCCCUACUCCGAAACUACUUAAGCCACUUGGGUACUAUAGGAAGAUUAUGUGAAAUAUCAAUUUAGUUCGAAGUGUUCCACAGUAUCCGGAUUUGUACCCGAACCAGAUCGGUCUCGUUGUUUUGUCUAUAUCACAUAUCCAGGCCAAUUCCUCUACCUUCUCAAUUCUCUAGGAUCCCGAGCUUCGGCCUUUUGGCUAAUUGUACAGAGUAGGCCGCUCGAAGCUUCCUCCCUCUUUCUUUGAAUUCCUUCGCCGACACUCCGCCGAUUUUCCUAAAAUUUAGAUUUUUGCGGAGCUGGAAUUCACCAUUUUCAACCGGGUGAAUGUAGAAAAAAAUAUCUUGAAUUGACAUUUGUGCCCUCCGAAAGUUUUGAAAAAUUAUUUUCGAGGCUGCCCGCCCGAAAUUAAAACAUUUUGGAAUGAUCUUCAAUUGACUUUCUCAGACUUUUGGCUUAUUGGUGAAACCUCGGAGUAAAAAGUCGCGUGUGCCCUCCCCGAAACUUUUUCUGUAUUGCCAUUAGGGCAUAAACUAUCAAAAAAAAAUUCCAGAAGAUUGAAAAGUGCACUUCAUUGGCUACCGAGCCGGCGGCCCUUGUGCGAGUCUGGGAUCCCGGCCCGGCUGAAGCUUAACCUUGUUCGCAAUAUAAAAAUCCAAAUUUUAGGAAAAUCGGCGGAAUCUCGGCGGAGAAAUUCGAAGAAAGAGGAAGGACCCGCUUCGAGCGGCUCACCCGGUAUGUCUUGCAAUGGUAAUGCUGGAAUAUAACCCUAAGAUAUUAAUAAGAAGGGUCUGUUUGAAUAUUGUAACCAAAUUUAUUUCAGGCAAAAAAAUCAAUAAUUUUGGAAAACAUUUUAUGACGAGUUCGGAAAAAAUUCAGAAAUUCAAACAGAUUCCCAACAUUUUUGCUUUUGUGAUUACGAAAUCUGCAUGAAAUUCGUGACGUUGCAGGAAAGGUCUCAUCAAUUCAGAUUGUUCUUCAUAGUUAUCCAUCGGUUGUAAUUAUGUACUUUGAUUUCCGUAAAAAUAAAUAUAAUUUAAAUGCGUCUGUAAAGUAAGUUCGCGAUUGAACCAUUAGUGUUGCCAGUGACAAGGAGAUAACAGUGAAGAGCGACCGAAUCCAGGUGGUUCCCUCAGAGGUCCCAGCAAGUUUAAUAAUGAGACAAUUGGAUGUGGAUGUCACUCACAAGAUCCGGGUUGAUUUCUCUAGCGAAGAAAUCGAAGAAGCCAAUAGGAGAAAAGAGACCGGAGCUCGAGUUGGGAUGGAUUCUGAUGAUGAUUCAUACUUCUCUGAUGCAAAAGAGUCGGAUUCAACUGAAGCUAUUGAUGAAAAAAGCGUAGACCGGUCAAUAGUUGACGAACCUGAAAACAAACAUGAGGUAGAAGUUAAUGUGUCCCAGAAUGGACCACAAAAUUUAAUUUCCUCUCCUGAACCCUGUGGGCUCCAAUCUCUAUUUUCUGACAAAGUAAGUUACAGUAUGGUCAAAUGAGGUAACCCACUUUAGGUUAUGGGUGAUUUCUUCGCUGAUUUGGUAAAGCAAUGA